AGGAAAGCUACAGCAUCCCAGCCUCAGUCCUUACAGCUCCUCCAUCUGCAGCGCGGAGCUGGACGGGCCAGCCAGAAUGUGGAGAGCACCGCCGCUUCAACUCUUUUUCUUCUUUUUAUGCUCUGUUGGAUGGUGCCAUGCUGACGGAUGUGAAUUAGGGCAGUUUCGGUGUGGGACAGGUCGAUGUAUACCUGAGGAGUGGCACUGUGACGGGACAUCAGAUUGCAUCGAUGACACUGAUGAACACGACUGCCCUCAGGUAACAUGCGAUGACAGUCAUUUCCAGUGUCUGAGUGACGGCGAGUGCAUCCCAGACGUAUGGGUGUGUGACAAUGAGGAAGACUGUGAGGAUAGCUCAGAUGAGAGACACUGCCCUGGCAGGACAUGCACCAGCGGCCAGUUCAGCUGCAGCAACGGGGCGUGCAUCCCGGGAGAAUACCAUUGCGACCACCUGGCUGACUGCUUAGAUGGAUCUGAUGAGAGAAACUGCAAUUACCCUCAGUGUACAGAGAUGAGGUGUGCCAACGGGGCCUGCUACAACCGGACCCAAAGAUGUGACCAUUUACUGGACUGCCGUGAUGGCUCUGAUGAGGCAAACUGCACACAGCACUGCAACACAGGGUUCCACCAAUGCCAUAACGGGCUGUGUGUUCCUCAGCGCUAUGUCUGUGAUCACGACGACGACUGCGGAGACCGGAGUGAUGAGAUAAACUGCACGUAUCCUGCUUGCAGAGGAAAUUACUUCACUUGUCCCAGCGGCCGCUGCAUCCACCAAGUCUGGCUUUGUGACGGAGAGGACGACUGUGAGGACAAUGCUGAUGAAAAGGGCUGUGAUAAUGUACCACGGGAGUGUUACCCAGGGGAGUGGCCCUGUCCUUCGUCUGGGCUGUGCAUCCCUAUGGAUAAGGUGUGCGACGGGAAUGCUGACUGUCCUGAUGGAGAGGAUGAAACUAACACCACUGCUGGACACAACUGCAGCAUCUGGAAGUGUGCUUCUUUGAGCUGUGAGGAUCACUGCCACGCGUCCCCUGGUGGAGGAGUGUGUGCCUGUCCUCCUGGCUAUAUUGUCAACAGCAAUGACAGUCGCUCCUGCAUAGACUUUGAUGACUGCUCCAUGUGGGGCGCCUGUGAUCAGCUGUGUGAGGACCGGAUUGGCUCCCAUCGCUGCAGCUGUAGAGAGGGCUACACUUUGGAGCAACAUCGAUACUGUAGAGCAGACAUAUCCACUGGAGUUCCUUCCUUGGUUUUCUCUAAUGGCAGAGAUCUGGUAAUAGGCGACAUCCACGGCAACAACCUGCGCACUUUGGUUAAUUCACAGAACAGAGGAAUUGCUGUGGGAGUGGACUUCCACUAUCAUCUCGAUAGGGUAUUCUGGACAGACACCAUCCAAAAUAAGGUGUUUUCUGUGCAAAUGGAUGGGUCCAACAUGCAGGUGGUGUUAAAUGUAUCAGUUGACUACCCUGAGAACCUGGCGGUGGACUGGGUGAACAAUAAACUGUAUGUGGUGGAGGCCAGCGUCAACAGGAUCGACAUGGUGGACCUGGAUGGAAGUAACCGGGUUACACUCAUCACUGAAAACCUCGGAAACCCUAGAGGACUGGCGGUGGACCCCACUGUCGGGUACAUGUUUUUCUCAGACUGGGAGGCAGCAAACGGACAGCCAGGUCUUGAGCGGGCCUUCAUGGAUGGUACCAAUCGUUACGGGAUUAUUGGGAGCAAACUAGGUUGGCCUGCUGGUAUCACACUCGACAUAGAGGCCAAGCGCAUCUAUUGGGUUGACAGCCGCUAUGAUUAUAUCGAAACUGCAACUUAUGACGGUCUGCAUAGAAAAACUGUAAUCCACGGGGGGACCGUGGUACCGCAUCCUUUUGGAAUCAGUUUGUUUGAGCACAAUGUUUAUUUCACGGACUGGACCAGGAUGGCCGUGAUAAAAGCAAACAAGUUUACGGACAGCAACCCACAUGUGAUUUACACCACGUCUCACACCCCACAUGGAGUAGCAGUGAUUCAUCAGUUAAAGCAACCACAAGCGCCAAACCCUUGUAGUUUGGGCAGAGGUGGAUGUGAGCAGAUUUGCGUUCUCAGUCACAGGAGCGACAAUGGAGGCCUUGGUUAUCGCUGCAAAUGUCGCAUUGGUUAUGACCUUCAUGCUGAUGGCAAACGCUGUUUGGCUGUGAGGCAGUUUCUGCUUUUCUCCAGCCAGCUGGCUGUGAGAGGAAUCCCCUUUAACCUCUCCUCCCAGGAGGACAUCAUCCUGCCCGUCACCGGAUCGCCCUCCUACUUUGUCGGAGUGGAUUUUAGCGCUGAAGAUGAUGCUAUCUUUUUCUCUGACACGGCAAAAGAUAUUAUUUACAAACAGAAGGUGGAUGGAACAGGCAGGGAGAUACUGGCAGCCAACAGAGUGGAGGGAGUGGAGGAUCUGGCUUACGACUGGAUUUCCAAAAACCUCUACUGGACGGACCCUCGAUACAGGAGCAUAUCCGUCAUGAGGCUCGCAGAUAAGUCCAGGAGGGCCAUUAUUCAGAACCUGAACAACCCCAGGGCCAUCGUGGUGCAUCCUCUGAUUGGGUAUAUUUUUUGGACUGAUUGGUACCGUCCUGCAAAGAUUAUGAGGGCUUGGGGUGACGGGUCACAUGCUGUGUCUAUUGUAAACACUACCCUGGGCUGGCCAAAUGGAUUAGCAAUUGACUGGAGCUCAAUGCGUCUGUAUUGGGUGGAUGCCUUCUUCGACAAGAUUGAGCACAGCAACUUUAAUGGACAAAACAGGCUUUCCUUGGACCGCAUAACCCAGAUCUCACAUCCUUUUGGCCUUACCAUUUUCGAAGGCUUUGCGUAUUUCACUGACUGGCGCCUGGGUGGCAUUGUCCGUGUGCGCAAGACCGAUGGCGGGCAGAUGGUAGUUAUUAGGAGAGGAAUCAGCCACAUCAUGCAUGUCAAGUCUUUCAACUCCAACUCUCAGAUCGGUGCUAACCUCUGCAACAGGCAGGCAAAUCCUAACGGAGACUGCAGCCACUUCUGCUUCCCAGCGCCGGACUCUCAGAGAGUGUGCGGCUGCCCGUACGGCAUGAAGCUGUCACCAAAUCAGCAGACGUGUGUCGAGGACCCCUCCAACGAGCCCCCAACAAUGCAGUGCGGAGCCAACUCCUUCUCCUGUGGCAACGGCAAAUGUGUCCCAAGCACCUACAGAUGCGACGGUGUUGACGAUUGCCAUGACAACACCGACGAGCUCCAUUGUGGAAUAAACAACACUACUUGUUCCCCCUUGGCCUUCACCUGUGCGAGUCAGCGCUGCGUGCCAGCAGGGUGGCGCUGCGACGGGCACAAUGAUUGCUUUGAUAACAGCGACGAGAUCAACUGCCCCACACGGGUGCCAGGAACUUGCCCCGCCAAUCAGUUCACAUGCGCCAACCACCGAUGCGUCCCGCACACGUGGCGCUGCGACACAGAUAACGACUGCGGAGACGGGUCCGAUGAAGCAGACUGCUAUCUGGGCAGUACGUGCCACCCAGGACAGUUCCAGUGUCCUGACCACCGAUGCAUAGACCCCAACUACGUCUGUGACGGAGACAGAGACUGUGUGGACGGAGCAGAUGAGCAGGGAUGCAUCUACAACUGCACUGUGAGUGAGUUCAAGUGUGGCAGCGGCCACCAGUGCAUCAACUCCUUCUACCGCUGCGAUGGCGUCUUCGAUUGUAGCGAUCGCUCUGAUGAGCAAAACUGUCCUACCAGGCCCCCGGGGAUGUGCCAUCAUGACAAUGAGUUUCAGUGUCAGUCAGAUGGGAGCUGUAUCCCGUCAUCAUGGGAAUGUGAUGGACAUCCAGACUGUCAGGACGGCAGCGAUGAACACCACGCCUGUCCUCCCCGGACCUGCCCAUCUUCUCUCUUCCGCUGUGACAAUGGAAACUGCGUCUUACGCAGUUGGAUUUGUGACGGAGACAACGACUGCAGAGACAUGAGCGAUGAAAGAGAUUGUCCCACGCCGCCUUUCCGGUGUCCAAGCUGGCAGUGGCAGUGUCCUGGUCACAGUGUUUGUAUCAAUCUCACCACAGUGUGUGACAACACACCCAACUGUCCCAACGGCGCUGAUGAGUCUCCGCUUUGCAAUGAACCUUUACCAGACCAAGAGAGCUGUUCUGACAACAACGCUGGCUGCACUCAUGGUUGCAUACAGGGGCCUUUUGGGGCCCAGUGCACGUGCCCUGUUGGUUAUCAGCUCAGCAACGACUCCAAAACGUGUGAGGAUAUAGACGAGUGUAAUCCCCCAGGACUGUGCAGCCAGCACUGCUUUAACGAGAGAGGCUCGUUUCGCUGCCACUGCCAGGACGGUUACACGCUUGAAGCAGACCAACGGACCUGCAAGGCUUCAGAUUCUCGUCAAGCCUUUCUACUUGUGGCCAGUCGAAAUCAGAUUAUCCAAGAUGAAAUAAGCGCUCAACCGAAUGUGAUCCGGUCACUGAUUCGAGACGGACGCAACAUCGUGGCUAUAGAUUUUGACUCUGUGUUGGACUGUGUGUACUGGUCCGAUACCAGCCAGGACCGGAUCUGGAGUUCUCACAUAAAUGGCAGUGAGAGAACUGUGAUAUUUGACAGUGGAGUGACUGUGACAGAGAGCCUUGCUGUGGACUGGGUGGGCAGGAAUUUAUACUGGACCGACUACGUCCUGGAGACAAUUGAGGUGUCUAAACUGGACGGCACACACCGGACCGUCUUAGUUAGUGAAAAUGUCACCAACCCUCGAGGUCUGGUGGUGGAUCCCAGAGACAGCGCUCACCUGAUGUUUUGGACUGACUGGGGAAGGAACCCCCGCAUUGAGAGGGCAAGCAUGGAUGGGAAACUCAGGACAGUCAUCAUAAACAGCAAACUGUACUGGCCCAAUGGUUUAACCAUCGACUAUCCAAAUAAUUUGCUGUACUUUGCUGAUGCCUAUUUGGACUUCAUUGAUUACUGCGACUACAAUGGCAACAACAGAAAACAAGUCCUUGCCAGCGACUUGGUACUGCAACAUCCCCACGCAAUUACCAUUUUUGAGGAUUUUGUCUAUUGGACCGACAGAUACAUCAACCGAGUGAUGCGAGCUCAUAAGUGGCAUGGGGAGAACCAGACAGUGAUGCUGUUCAACCUCCCUCAGCCAAUGGGCCUAGUGGCAGUGCAUCCAACCAGGCAACCGGCAGGGAUAAAUCACUGCUUGGGGAGCGCCUGCACUCAUAUCUGCCUACUCUCUGCUGUGGGACCAAGAUACUAUUCAUGCGCCUGCCCCUCCGGCUGGACUCUGGCGGCUGACCAGUUCACCUGUGCCAGAGUUGAGGAUCCCUUUCUGGUGGUUGUGAGAGACAGCAUCAUCUACGGUAUUCCACUAAACCCAGAGGACAAGAGCAAUGAUGCAAUGGUUCCAGUUGCUGGUCUUCACAACGGCUACGAUGUUGACUUCGAUAACAAGGAACAGACUAUCUACUGGGUGGAACACCCUGGAGAGAUCCACAGGGUGAAGUCAGAUGGUACAAACAGGACGGAGUUUGCCCCCGCAGCCAUUCUCGGCUCUCCUGUUGGCCUGGCCCUGGACUGGAUCACGGAGAAUCUGUACUACACCAACCCAGCUACACAAUCUAUCGAGGUUUUAAAGUUGAGAGGAGACAUACAGUACAGGAAAACUAUAAUCACAAACAACGGCUCUCCGACCGGCGCUGGCAGUCCUGUUGGCAUCGCUGUGGAUCCGGCACGUGGCAAACUUUACUGGACAGACCAGGGAACAGAAAGUGGCAUCCCUGCCAAGGUGGCAGCUGCAGACAUGGAUGGCAUGAACCCGGUCACGCUCUACACCAACAACCUUGAUCACAUUGAGUUCCUCACUGUGGACAUCCAAGAGAACAAGCUGUACUGGGCUGUCACAGGCACUGGAAAAAUUGAGCGUGGGGAUCCAGAUGGAAGCAACCGCAUCACCAUAGUGACGGGUCUCUCCCACCCUUGGGGUGUGGCCGUCUACCAGAACUACCUGUUCUUCAGCGAUCGUGACUUUGAGGUCAUUGAACGAGUAGACAAGUCCACUGGUGCCAACAGGGUUGUGAUGCGAGACAACCUGUCGGGACUUAGAGUCCUAAAAGUUCAUUUUAGAGAUACAUCUGCAGGUACAUCUAAUGGCUGCUCCGACAAUAUGGGAGCGUGUGAGCAGCUCUGUCUUCCUCGACCACGAGGUUUUUUUACCUGUGCAUGUGCGACAGGUUUUAAGCUAAACGCAGACAACCAGACUUGUGCCCCUUACAAGUCCUACGUCGUCAUCUCCACUCUGUCUGCUAUAAAAGGCUUCAGUCUUGAAGGCUCGGAUCACUCUGAGGCAAUGGUCCCCGUGGCUGGAAGAGGCCGCAACGCUCUCCACAUCGACGUGCACAUGGCUUCUGGUUUCAUUUACUGGUGCGACUUCAGCAGCACCGUGAUGAUACAAAACGGGGUCAGACGUAUAAAGCCGGAUGGCUCAGGAUUACACAGUGUGGUCACAUCUGGAAUAGGACGCAACGGGAUACGAGGCAUUGCUGUGGACUGGGCUGCAGGUAACCUGUAUUUCACCAACGCCUUUUUGACCGAGACGUAUGUCGAGGUUCUUCGUUUGAACACGACUUUCCGGAAAGUACUGCUAAAGACGCAGGUGGAUAUGCCGCGGCACCUUGUUGUGGAUCCCAGAAACAGAUACCUGUACUGGGCCGAUUAUGGUCAGCACCCCAAAAUUGAGCGUGCGCUCUUGGAUGGAACCAACCGCACAAUUUUAGUGUCUUCUGGGAUAAUCACCCCACGAGGCCUUGCUCUGGACUGGCAUACUGGAUAUGUCUACUGGGUGGAUGACUCUCUGGAUAUGAUCGCCCGCAUCGGCCCUCAUGGAGGAGAGACAGAGAUCGUUAGGUACGGCAGCCGCUACCCAACUCCUUAUGGAAUCACAGUGUUUGAGAACAGCAUCAUUUGGGUGGACAGAAACCUCAAAAAGGUUUUUCAAGCAAGCAAAGAGCCAGGCAGGACAGAGCAACCAGCUGUAAUUAGAGAUAACAUAAACAUGCUGAGGGAUGUUACUAUCUUUGACCAGCGUACACAGCCCACCAGCACGCAGGAACUGAACUACAACCCCUGCAUGGAAAACAAUGGCGGCUGUGGCCACUUCUGCUUUGCCCUUCCAGGCUCUAGUCAGGGCGCCCAAAACAAAAAGUGCAGUUGUGCUUUUGGUGAUCUUGCCACAGAUAAAGAGAGCUGUGAGAUGUCAAAGGAGGAUUACCUCAUCUACACCACUGAGAGCACAGUUCGCAGUCUGAGACUCGAUCCUGAGGACCAUGCUCUGCCAUUUCCUGUUGUCAAUGUGCCUCGCACGUCCAUUGCUCUUGAUUUCGACCUUACAGACAACAGGAUUUACUUCACUCAGAGCUCAGGUACAGGAGCCAGCAAGAUCAGCUAUAUCAGCCUGUCCUCUCCCACUACAGCUCCCGUUGUAGUAGCUGCAGAUCUUGGGGCUCCUGACGGGAUAGCCUAUGACUGGAUAAACAAAAGAAUUUACUACAGCGACUACGUCAACCAGAGCAUUAGCUCGAUGUCUGUGGAUGGUGCCCAAAAAACAAUAAUCGCCCAUGUGUCGAGGCCAAGGGCCAUCAUGUUGGACCCCUGCAGGGGAUACAUGUACUGGACAGACUGGGGAACUCAUGCAAAGAUUGAGCGAGCCACCUUGGGAGGAAAUUUCAGAACUGAUAUUGUGAACAGCAGUCUGGUGUGGCCAAAUGGUCUGACUUUGGACUAUGAAGAGGAGAGACUCUACUGGGCAGAUGCAAGCUUACAGAAGAUUGAGCGGUCCUCUCUAUCUGGAGCCAACCGUGAGGUCAUUGUCAGCACAGCCAUCUACCCGUUUGCAAUGACUAUGUUUGGUCAGUUCAUCUAUUGGACCGACUGGAACACCCGCAGCAUCUAUCGGGCAAACAAACACGACGGCUCUGACCAGAGGGUUAUGAUUCAGAACCUCCCAUCCCGACCAAUGGAUAUUCAGGUUCUGGCCCGCAGGAAGCAACAGCAGUGCAACAGUCCCUGUCAGCAGUUCAACGGAGGCUGCAGCCACAUCUGCACUCCAGGACCUAACGGAGCUGAGUGUCAGUGCCCAGCAGAAGGUCGAUGGUACCUGGCUGACAGUAAGUAUUGUAUUCCUGACAACGGGACUCGCUGCCAGCCAGGCCAGUUCACCUGCAUGAACGGCCGGUGUAUCCGACCCCAGUGGAUAUGCGACAAUGACAAUGACUGUGGAGAUGGUAGCGACGAGCUGGAAAGAGUAUGUGGAGAUAAACCGAUCUUCAGCUAUGCUGUCCCACAGCUGCUCUCUUCCUUUAUUGCACUGUCAGCCUUUCACACCUGCGAGCCCACCGUGUUUACUUGCGGCAAUGGGCGGUGCGUUCCCUACCACUACCGCUGUGACCAUUACGAUGACUGUGGGGACAACAGCGAUGAAGUUGGCUGUCUGUUCAGACCCUGUGAACCCAGUACAGAGUUUGCCUGCAACAACGGCCGCUGCAUUGCAAAGGACUAUGUUUGCAACGGCAUCAACAACUGCUACGACAAUGGGACUUCCGACGAGCAAAACUGCCCUGAGAGAACCUGCCAGCCAGAGCAAACAAAGUGUCAGUCCACCAACAUUUGCAUCCCACGGUCAUACCUAUGCGAUGGAGACAACGACUGUGGGGAUAUGAGCGACGAAAGCCCAACACACUGUGCUGCAGCCACUUGCUCCCAGAGUGAGUUUCGUUGUUCCAGCGGUCGCUGCAUCCCCGCCCACUGGUACUGUGACGGAGGAGCCGACUGCUCUGACGGCUCUGAUGAACCCCUCUCCUGCACCACACUGGUCAGAACCUGCAAUACAGAUCAGUUUCGCUGUGAUGAUGGCAGGUGCAUUGCUUUAUCAUGGAUCUGUGAUGGAGACAAUGACUGUGGUGACAUGAGCGAUGAAGAUCAGAGACACAACUGUGCCAAUCGCACGUGUUCAAGCACUGAGUUUACUUGUGCCAAUAACCAGCCACCUCAGCGGAAGUGUAUUCCACGUGACUGGGUGUGUGAUGGAGAUGCAGACUGUGCAGAUGCCCUAGAUGAACAUCAAAACUGCACCCGCAGAUCCUGUGGCAUCAACGAGUUCACCUGCAGCAAUGGUCUCUGCAUACGCAGCUCCUACAGAUGUGACCGUCGUAACGACUGUGGAGACAGCAGUGAUGAGCAAGGCUGCACUUACCAGCCCUGCCAGUCACACCAGUACACAUGCCAGAAUGGCCGCUGUGUGUCUAACGACUUUGUCUGCGAUGGAGACAAUGACUGCGGGGACGAGUCUGAUGAGCUGCAGCAUAUGUGCCAUACACCUGAGCCCACCUGUCCCCCCGGAGAAUUCAGAUGUGAAAAUGGACAUUGUAUUCCCUUUAGGAAAGUGUGUGAUAGGAAUGACGACUGCUCCGACAACAGCGACGAGAAGGGAUGUGGUAUCAAUGAGUGUACAGACCCAUCCAUUCACCACUGCGAUCACAAUUGCACCGAUACACCCACCAGCUUCAUCUGCACCUGCCGUCCAGGCUACCGCCUCAUGUCCGACGGCAAAACAUGCGAUGACGUCAACGAGUGUGUAGAGACGCCCAGCGUUUGCAGUCAGAUCUGCGAAAACACCGUCGGCUCCUACGUGUGCAAGUGCUCUCCGGGAUUCCUCAGAGAGCCGGACGGACGCAGCUGCCGUCAGAACAGCAACAUCUCUCCCUACCUCAUCUUCAGCAACCGCUAUUACCUGAGGAACCUGUCGACAGACGGGCAGGCCUAUUCUCUUAUUCUGCAGGGCCUGACCAGCGUGGUCGCGCUAGACUUUGACCGUGUUGACAAACGCCUCUAUUGGAUCGACGUGAGUCGCAGAGUGAUAGAGAGGAUGUCUUUUAACGGCAACAACCGGGAGGUGGUGGUCAAUGGAGUUCUGCAUGGAGAGGGCCUAGCGGUUGACUGGAUAGGAAGGAAACUGUAUUGGGUGGACAGCUUCCUGGAUUGCCUCAAGGUGUCCGAACUGGACGGUCGCUUUGUCAAGAAACUGGCUGAACAUUGCGUGGAUGGGAAUAACACCUACUGCUUUGAAAACCCCAGGGGUAUUGUUCUGCAUCCCAAAUACGGAUAUGUCUACUGGACAGACUGGGGAGACAAAGCCUUCAUCGGUCGUGUUGGGAUGGAUGGAACCAACAAAGCAGCAAUCAUCACCACCAAGAUAGAGUGGCCCAACGGCAUCACAAUCGACUACACCAACGACAAACUCUACUGGUCAGAUGCGCAUCUCAACUACAUUGAAUACUCCGACUUGGACGGUCAGCACAGACACACGGUGUAUGACGGAAACUUGCCGCACCCUUUUGCCCUGACCGUGUUUGAGGACACUGUGUACUGGACCGACUGGAACACACGCACAGUGGAGAAAGGCAACAAGUACGAUGGUUCUGGCCGGGAAGCCCUGGUUAACACCACACACAGGCCGUUCGACAUUCACGUAUGCCAUCCUUACCGCCAGCCGAUUGUAAACAAUCCCUGUGCUGCGAACAAUGGGGACUGCUCUCACCUGUGCCUAAUCCGUCACGGGGGGCGAGAACACACCUGUGACUGCCCCGACCAUUUCCUGGCUGUUCAAAUAGGAGGUGUGACCCGAUGCCUGCCCAUGUGCACCAGCACCCAGUACAGAUGUGCAAACAAUGAACGCUGCAUCCCUAUCUGGUGGAAAUGCGACGGUCAGCGGGACUGCAGGGACGGCUCAGAUGAGCCCUCUACCUGCCCUGUUCGCCACUGCAGCCUCGGCCAGUUUCAGUGCAACGACGGAAACUGCACCAGUUCACACUUUCUGUGCAACAGCCACCGGGACUGUCCUGAUGGCUCGGAUGAAGACGCCGUGCUGUGUGCUACACACCAGUGCGAAAGCCAUCAGUGGCAGUGUACGAACAAGCGUUGCAUAAGCGAGUCCUGGCAGUGCGACGGCGAGGACGACUGUGGCGAUCAGUCCGACGAGGACCCUGUCCACUGCGCCACCAGGACGUGUCGCCCCGGACAGUUCAAGUGCCGCAACGGACGCUGCAUCCCGCAGAGCUGGAAAUGCGACGUUGAUGAUGACUGCGGCGACAAUUCAGAUGAGCCUCUGGAGGAGUGCAUGGGUCCAGCAUAUCGAUGUGACAACCACACAGAGUUUGCCUGCAAAACCAACUAUCGCUGUGUCCCACUCUGGUCCAUCUGCAACGGCCACAACGACUGCAGAGACAACAGCGACGAGCAGAGCUGCGAGGAAGUGACCUGCGAUCCCACCGGGGAUUUCCGCUGCGACAAUCAUCGCUGCAUCCCGCUGAGAUGGAGGUGUGAUGGAGCUGACGACUGUGGAGAUAAUUCAGACGAACGCAGCUGCACGCCACGCUCGUGCACCGAGAGCGAGUAUCGCUGUGACAACCUGCGCUGUGUUCCCAACCGUUGGGUCUGUGACCAUGACAACGACUGCGAGGACAACUCGGAUGAAAGGGACUGCGAGCUGCGGACGUGUCCCCCUGGCUACUUCCAGUGCGCGAGUGGACACUGUAUAGCUGAACGUUUCAAAUGUGAUGGCAACGCCGACUGUCUGGACUACACGGAUGAGACGUCAUGCCCAACCCGCUUUCCCAACGGCACGUACUGCCCGCCGUUCCUGUUUGAAUGCAGGAACCACAUUUGUGUCCAGCCUCACUGGAAAUGUGACGGAGACAACGACUGCGGAGACAACUCUGACGAGGAGCUGCAUCUCUGCUUGGACAUUGAGUGUGAGGCUCCGUUCCGUUUCCGAUGCGAUAACAACCGAUGCAUCUACAGCCCUGAGCUGUGCAACUCUAUUGAUGACUGUGGGGACGGUUCGGAUGAAAAACAGGAAAACUGUCAAAAGCCCACACACGGUCCCUGUGACGAUGAGGAGUUCAAAUGCAGUAGCGGGAAGUGCAUCCCUCUACAGUACGCCUGCGAUGAAUAUGACGACUGUGGAGACGAGUCAGAUGAACUUGGCUGCCAUGUGGGCCAUGGACACACAUGCAGUGCAAACAUGUGUGAACACAACUGCACCGACCUGACUCAGGGAGGCUUCGUUUGCUCCUGCAGGCCCGGUUACAAGCCCAGAGCCACGGAGAAACACACCUGUGAAGACGUGAAUGAGUGUGAGGUAUUUGGAACAUGUCCUCAGGACUGCAGGAACUCGAAAGGCAGCUACGAAUGUUUCUGUGCUGAAGGCUUUGUGUCUUUCGGCGAGCUGCACGGGACCGAAUGCGCUGCUCAAGGAAACCCUCCAGUCCUGCUCUUGCCGGACAACAUUCGUAUUCGGCGUUUCAAUCUGUCCUCUGAGCAGUAUUCGGACUAUGUGGACAACGCCGAGCACAUUCACGCCUUGGAUUACCUGUGGGAUCCAGAGGGCGAAGGCCUCAGUGUUGUUUACUGGACAGUUCUUGGUAGGGGCUCCCAGUUUGGCUCCAUCAAGCGUGCCUACAUGACCACGUUCAAUGAUUAUGGGAGCAACCCAGUGAAAGAAGUGGAUCUGAACCUGCGGUACAUUGCCAAACCGGAGGGCAUCGCUGUAGACUGGGUUGGCAGACAUAUUUACUGGACGGAUUCAGGGACCAACAGAAUUGAAGUGGCGAAACUGGAUGGACGAUACAGGAAGUGGCUGGUCCACACUGACCUUGAUCAGCCGGCAGCUAUCAUUGUCAACCCAUCGUCAGGGAUGAUGUACUGGACUGACUGGGGACAGAAUCCCAAAAUUGAGGCAGCAUGGAUGGACGGACAGCACAGAGAGGUCCUGGUGAAGGAGGAAGACCUGGGAUGGCCCACUGGGCUGGCUCUGGACUACGUGAAUGAAAACAGAAUCUACUGGUGUGACUCCAAAGAAAACAUUAUUGAGUCCAUGAAGCCUGAUGGGACAGACAGGAAGAUUGUAAUAUCAGGAGAUAUCGGAAAUCCCUACAGUCUGGAUGUCUUUGAGGGAAACGUGUACUGGACAACUAAAGACAAAGGAGAAGUGUGGAAGACGAACAAGUUUGGGCAAGGAAAUAAAGUCAAGGUCCUUACAAUCAACCCCUGGCUGACACAAGUCCGUGUUUACCAGCAGUACCGGCACAACCAGUCAGUGUCCAACCCGUGUAAGGACGUGUGCAGUCACCUCUGCCUCCUCCGGCCUGGCGGCUACACCUGCGCCUGCCCACAAGGCUCCCCUCCACUAAACGCCGACUCAACAGAAUGCGACGCAGCCAUUGAGGCUCCUGUUGCAAUGCCUCUUGCAUGCAGAUGCAUGAAUGGUGGAACCUGCUACACCGAUGAAGGGGGUCUGCCAAAGUGCAAAUGUCCGUAUGGCUAUUCUGGCAGCUACUGUCAGAUGGGGAAGUCUAGAGGUGCACCAGCUGGGACAGCCGUGGCUGUUCUGCUGACCGUCAUUGUUAUCUUAAUUACCGGAGCUCUGGCUGCUGGGGUUUUCCUCAACUACAAACGAACAGGAUCUUUUAUCCCCUCUAUGCCUAAACUGCCAAGCCUCAGCAGUCUCGUGAAGUCAGCUGACACCGGGAAUGGGGUAACGUUUUGGUCGGGUGAUAAUGUGGACCUCGGACCGUCACACAUCGGGGUUUCUGUUAUCGACACAGCCAUGCAGAUGGACAAUAACUUUGCCGCCAAUGCCGGGCGACAGCCAAUCACGUUUGAGAAUCCACUGUACGCCACUACACCUGUCUCUGGUGAUCCAGCCGUCAUUCAUGCCACACAGGUGACAGUCAAUGUGAGCGGUGAGCAGCUGAACAACUUCGUGAACCCGACGUACAGAGGGGAUCAGAGCUCAGGUGUUGUCAACACGUCUUCUGUCUGCAGCCUUCCCGUUCAGAUGUCAAAGUGGAGCUUGUUUAAACGGAAAUUAAAACCAAGCACCACAUUUGAAAACCCUUCAUAUUCAGAGAUGAAGGAUGAGAAACCUGGCGGAAGCAGCGAGGACUCUUCUGCCCCGGAGCCGUCUCCAUUCGCUCCUCCAGAAAAACCUCAGAGGAAGGAUCGUCCCAGCGCCUUCUCUCCAACCGAGGACAGUUUCAAAGACACGGCCAACCUGGUCAAAGAGGACAGCGACGUAUAACCCCUCUCUCUGAUGGAGGGAUGUGAAGAAGAAACACACUUUGCACAGAAUUUAUUUUUAUAUGCAGCCUGUGUACAAACUCAGAUUGUGUUGGGACAGAGAAACACGAUAAAGUGAAGAGAAGAUCUUCUGACACUUCUGCCUUCUGACACUUCUUAUGCCAAUUUUUUGCGUUAAUAUUUGUCUUUCUUAUUAUGGUGUACAAUAUGCAUAUCUUUGCACUGAAGCUGUUGAUAGAAAUGUUAAUAAAUAUGUUGUAAAUUUGUAAAUUUCAA